GGCAACUCUUGAUCAGAUCUUGGAGAGGACUAUUGGUGUGCGCUGGUCAAUCGCGCAACAGACCGUCUCGUCCGGACUCUCAUGAAUCGAGCCGUUGGGCAGGAGAGGGCUAUCUACUCUGCGACUGCGUUCGUUCCACAGCACAAUCAGAUUCCAAAUCUGAGUGCGUGUCGAAAUGUUUCAUACUUUUGAAACUGCCCACUACACAAGCCCCGAGCUGCACGCGGAUCAGCAUGCCAGUCCUGCCGCAAAGAGAAGAACUUCGACGGUCAGAGCCUGUGAGCCAUGUCGAAGACGGAAGAUCCGUUGCAAUGGCGAACAUCCCUGUGAAACAUGUCAAUGGUAUCGAAAAGCAGCUUCCUGUCAUUACACGGAACCUCGCCAGAGACAAGUACCUUCAAGGAGGUCCGUCGAGAAGAUCUCACAGACACUUCAGGAAUACAGAGGCAUUCUUCAGAAGCUCUUUCCUGAUGUUCACCCAGAUCAGCUCAAGGACUUGUCACGAGAGAGGCUCGUUGAACUCAGUUCAAAGACGAGCCCUUGUCAUCCACUUUCGCCACGGACACCCAGUGUGGACGAAAAGCCACCCCCAACCGACCCCGAUGCUGGCAGCCUGGAACAACUGCAGCCCAUGCCUGGAGAAUACAGCGAUGCCUUCGAUCGAAAACCGGCCGCAAUCAGAGGCAUCACAGACGAUGUGAACAUGCUAUCUUUACAUGUAAAUCAGAACCCAUCGUACCUCGGCAUAUCAUCGGUCAUGGCCGUUUUGCGAGUCAUUACCUGGUUGGAUCCUGAUUGCCUUUGCCUUUCCAGAAGUCCGGACAGAAGCGUUGUUGCGAGCCGAGAAGCCUCCUUCCCGCCUGAACAUCAGACCGUGGACAAUGAGACACUCCAAGGCGACGACGUCUCUAACUCGCCAGCUUGGGACGAGAUCCCCUUAAUCAACGCAUAUUUCACCUACGUCCACCCUUUUAUUCCGCUGAUUGAAGAGCAGUCAUUCAGAGACACUUACAUGUCUACAGAAAGGACCGACUCAAGGUGGCUGUUACUUCUGAACACCGUCCUGGCAAUGGGAUGCAUUGCAAGUAGAAGCACGGAAGACACGGGUCAUCAAGUAUACUUCAACCGUCUGAAAACACACCUCACGAUCGAGGUCCUGGACUCUGCGCAUCUGGAGACAGUUCAAGCUUUAGCUAUCUUAAGCGGCUUCUACCUACAUUACAUCCAGACUCCAAAUCAAGCAAGCUCUCUGAUGGGUGCCACCCUCAAAAUCGCGACCAUGCUGGGCCUGCACCGAGACUACUCUGAAGGUGUCGGACCGGCGAAGGCGGAGAAAGCAUCCUACUCGAUUGAAAUGCGACGACGUGUUUGGUGGUCCGUAUUCAUGCUAGACACUUGGGCUGGCAACUCCUUGGGGAGGCCCAGCAUGGGUCGGAUGAGUCCUGCUAUAACUGCAAGACUUCCUCUAGAACCCAUCGGUCAGUCAACCGCGCUGCUGUCGCUGGUGCAGGACAACAUACGCUUCUGCAUGAUUAGCACGCGGAUGGAAGAUACUCUGGCCGUGUCUCCUCUGCUUGAUGAGAUCGAGCGUCAAGCUCUGGAAGAGACCUACAUUGAAUGGUUCAAGCAUUCCUCGGUAUCACCCGCGUCACCGCGAUCCUCCAUGAACGAGUCUCCUGGCAUAACGACACUCAAGAACGUCAUGAGAUGGCGAUACUACACCAAUCGCAUCUUCCUGCACCGGCCAGUGCUGCUGUGGUACGCGAUGCGCAAGAUCACAUGGGACAAGCUUCUUCCUGAAAAGAAAGCAGCCAUUGAGCUUUGCCGCGAAGCCUGUGCCGACCUCAUCAACGACAUAGCAACAACUUGGCGGGGCCACAAACCGUGUCAAAUGGCAGGCUGGAACGCGAAUUGGCUAAUGUACCAGGCGGUCAUGGUGCCACUCCUGUCUCUUUACUCUGAGCCGUCAGACCCCAACGUUGUCCGAAGCUCUCGACAGCAGGUCGAAGUCGCCAUGGCCACCAUGCGGGACCUGCAGGCAUGGUCCACGACAGCCAAACGAUCUUUGGAGGUCGUCGCACGGCUAUAUGAGGCCAGCAAGCGUCACCAUGCCACUGGUGCUAGUAGUACUACCCAGACGACGGAGCCACAGGACUUGUGUGUACCAAGCAACAUGACUCCGACAUCCACGUCGACUCCAGUCCCUCAACAGCAACAUGCCCUGCCCACCUUCCGACCGUCGUACGUCGAUGUCUCUCACGCCAAUGCUUACGGGGCCACAUCGCGGCCGCCACUAAGCACGGCCGGUCAGGAGAUGUACAUGGACAACAUGUUUGACACCAUCAAGUGGAGUACCAGUUGGGACAGUCCCAUGGGCGGUCCUCAGAUGAUGAAUGGCUGGGAUUACAGUUCGAUGCAGCAUUGGGCGGGCAUGCCUCACGCUGACGAGUACUUUGAUGUCGGUUUCGCCGAAGACCCGAGUCAGGUCCUACCGGGGUUUGAUCUGGACGAUAUGCACACGUCGGAUCCAGGCGACUUGAUGCGUGGGCAAUAUGGGCUAGGGAAUAUGGAGCAGCGCCAUUCAUUGUGAUUGAAUUGUAGAUAGCAGUACUGGUAGUAUCCUAAGAAUACGAAAAGGCC